AUGUCUCAGAAAGCUGUCGUGAUCACCUCUCCCAAACACGCCGACCUCGUCAGUGACCGUCCUCUCCCCAUCCUUCGCAAUGACUAUAUCCUCGUAAAGACCGUCGGGGUGGCCCUGAACCCCACCGACUGGAAACAUGUUGAAGACACCGCGCCCCCAGGCGUGCUUGUCGGAUGUGACUAUGCCGGCAUCGUUGAAGCCGUCGGCAAAGACGUCAAGAAACCCUUCCGGAAAUCGCCCGCGAGAAUGUCGGCGAUCCUGGAGGAUAAAGCCUUCGCGGAGAAAUUCUGGGCCAUGGCGCAGAAGUUGCUCGCAGAGGGCAAGGUCAAGCCACAUCCGGUUUCUGUGCGGGAGGGAGGAUUGCGAGGCGUGUUGGAGGGCAUGCAGGCAAUGAAGGAGGACAAGGUCAACCUUUACGACCUCGACUUCAACCUUGGGCUUGGGAAGCCGGAUGUUGUGCGUCGACCGCGGUUUGUUCCAGUUGAGAGUCUCAUUUAUUAUGCCAAAGUCACCGAAUGGUGA